CUUUGUCGCAACCCAACGCGACUUGCGACUUUUGUUUACCUGACGACAUUUUGCUGCACUAUUGUGCAUCUAGCUAUAUCGCCUUCGCACAGUAUUGUAUAGUCGAACAUCCACUAGGCGACAACAUGUCGCAGGAUCAGGGCAUUUUUUCCGUGCGCCGCCCGCGCGAGACACUCGGCCCAAUCAACCACAAUUCAUCCGCAAUCCCUCUGCCCGCCUCGGCCAUGAAGCGCCAAAGUUCCUUCGGUCUCGGUCAGAUGCAACCCGCCUCGCAUGCCCGCUCGACUUCGGGUUCCCGUAUGUCUCUGGCUCCGGGUUUUCCUAGGCAGCCCGACUUUCAGCGCGCUUCUUCUGGCAACAAUCUCGCUGACCUUGGUCUCUCCACCGUCAAGCGUCCUUCAACCCAGAACAUGUUCAACAGCACAGGAGGUAGAAAGAGCUAUGCGCCUGUCAGCAGCACUCCUGCUCCUGCUCUACAGCUUGGCGACAGCUCCCAACGACGCAGCAGUGUCUACAGUGCCCGUCCCUCGGCUGCCUUUGGUGGGCCCAUGGGUGGUCACCAAUCCUUUUUCGCUACUGCUCCUCCCGCGAAUCAGCCUCCUCAAGAUCCUCGCAGGUUGCGUGAUCCAAACACUCGCCAUACUAUGGGCACUGAGCUCAUGGAGUUCCUCACCCAACGCAACUUUGAGAUGGAGAUGAAGCACACUCUCACCCACAAGACCAUGACUUCACCCACACAGAAGGACUUCAACAUGAUGUUCCAAUUCCUCUAUCACUGCAUCGAUCCGGCAUAUCGUUUCCAGAAGAAUAUUGACCAGGAAGUUCCUCCGCUUCUCAAGCAAUUGCGAUACCCCUACGAAAGAAACAUCACAAAGUCACAAUUAGCUGCUGUUGGAGGCAACAACUGGUUCACUUUCUUAGGUAUGCUUCACUGGAUGAUGCAGCUUGCAAAGAUGAUGGAACACUUCAGCGUCGGCACCUACGAUGAGGCUUGCGUCGAGUCUGGUCACGAUGUUUCUGCAGACCGCAUCACUUUCGAGUUCUUGAGCGACGCCUACCGUACCUGGUUAUCCGUCGACGAUGAUGAUGAGGAAGAUGACGAGGAAGCUAUCCAGAGGCUUAUACAACCACAUGUCGAGGCCAUGGCAUCCAAAUUCGAGGCUUCCAACCAACAAAAUCUCGAGCAAGUCAAGGCUUUGGAAGAAGAGAGCAAGCAGUUGCAGGAACAGAUUGACGAGCUCGGCAAAACCGCUCCUCGCCUGGCCAAAUUGGAUGAGCAAAACAAGAUUCUCGAGGAAGACAGGGUCAAAUUUGAGAAUUACAACAACAGCAUCGACAAGAAGGUUGAGAAGUACGAAGACCGACUACGCAUGCUGGAGAGCGAGAUGCAGCGUCUGGACCAGGAACUCGCAGAUGCAGAGCAAGAACGCAACAGCUUGCAGGAGAUGGUCGACCGACAAGGAAUCACUGUCUCGGAUAUCGACCGCAUGACAGCUGAGCGCAAACGUCUCCAGACUGGUGUAGAAAGCACAAACCUGCGACUAGAAGAGACUCGCGAUGCGGUAGCCAAGAAAGAGGCCGAGGCAGCCCAAAGACUCGAAGAGCUCGAAUCUGUGGUCUCAAAAUACAACCGCAUGGCUUACGAGAUUGGAGUAAUUCCUCCGGACGCGCCAAACGCCCACGGACAAGAAUACGAACUCAUCCUGAGUACUAGCGAAGGACCCGCUUUCGGAUCAUCUCAGAUGGGCGAGCAACCACAGGACGCUGAUCGCCUGCUAGCCGAAACUGGCACUGGAUACCAACCACAUCACUUGCUGAACCUGGAUGUCCGAGGCAGUCUUAAGAGCAACAUGAUCAAUCUGAGAAAGGAGAUCAGCGAACGCAGGAACAACGCUCUCGAGGCGGACAUGAACAACCAUGAUUUGCUAGACAAAAUCAAGGAGGCCAUCGAAGACAAAAGAGCCGAGGCCGAGACGCUGGAGCAUCGCAUACGAGCUGCAGAAGAUGAGUUCGAAAAGACCAAAGAGAUCACAAACUCCCAGAAAAUGGCGUCGGAUGCUCAGAUCGAGAAGAUGGAAAAGGAGCUCGCCAGAAUGCGUGCCGGCCUCACGGAAUCGGUGCAGCUGAUGGAGCAACGCGAGAUGAACACCAACCUCGAAUACGAGCAAUUGACGGUGGCUUCUUCGGCACUUCGUGAAGAACUCCACACAGAGCUUGAGCGCAUGUUAAACGACAUAAUCAAAUUCAAGGUUCACAUUCAGGGCAGUCUCGAGGGCUACGAAGAGUUUGUGGCUCAAGAGGUUGAAAGGGAAUGUGAAGAGCAAGAAAGAGAAGAGAUGGGUGCUGACGAUGAGAAGUAUGGUGAAGAUGUUGAGGCCAAGGUGGAAGAGAUGGAUCUUGACGAGUGAGGUGAUCUGGAUAGGAUGAAGCUUGACGACUUGGUUAGUGUCGGAUGACCAGGCAAGAUGGCGGAGUUUGGGCGGAUUGCUUUUAUGAUACCUCUGUUGUUAUUUUGGUUCUGGAUGGAUAUUACGAAUGUUCAAAGGGUUGAUGAUUG